AGUACUUAAUUAUGAACGUAUGAACUGUGAUUAAGUUUGUGAAAAUGACUGCUUUUCCUGUAAUAUUUCUUGUGUUUAUUUUUAAGUUAACAGUUAACGCGCAAUUUGGAACCGUAUCUCUUAGCAUUGAUAUGAACCCACGUGAUGAAAAUACGUUAUCUCAAAGUCAAUGUCCGGUCAAUAUGUCAUGUGUGCCAAUUAGCGCAUGUCCAUUAUUAGAAGAUCUCUUAGACUUUUCAUGUUUUUCUUCAGACAGGUAUUUUCACCGUCUAAACUCCUUGACCUGCGGUAAUGUGAAUAACGAAGACCACGUGUGUUGUCCGUCGUGUGAUUGUGCGCACCUUUACGAGCCGGGCACUCGAGAAUGCGGCAAGAGUAUGGUGAAUGGUGUAGACAGCGGAAUCGGUGCUCAUCCUUGGGUUGCCAGAAUUGGAUUUACAAAUAAAGACACUGGCAACGUCAGGUUCGCUUGCAGCGGCUCCAUUAUAGCUAAACGCGUUGUUCUAACAGCUGCACAUUGCGCUUUAGCCAAGCCUGAAGGAUAUAAGCUGUCAAGUGUUGUUAUUGGUGAAUGGGAUAUAAGCCAAAGUCCUGAUUGUAACGAAUACUUCUGCGCUCCAGCAACUCAGGCGAUUAAGGUAGAGAGUGUGUCUGUUCACCCCGGGUAUGAGCAAAAGAUAUUCAGACACGAUAUUGCCAUGAUAAUACUGAAAGACGAAAUCAAAUACUCCGUGACAGCGGCUCCGAUCUGUUUGAAUGAUAAGCCGGAAAUAGUGAUCAACGAACGCGCUUCGCUGGUCGGCUGGGGAAAACUCUCAGGACAAAACAAUUUGAUUGGACGCCAACAACAGUUAGAUGUACCAUUAGUAUCUCUAGAGACAUGUGAGCGUAUAUUUGGUGAAUCGGUUCCCAUUCACGAAGGCCAGCUAUGUGCAGGGGGUGAAGAAGGGAAAGACGCUUGUUCCGGGUUUGGUGGAGCGCCUCUAUUACUGAAGAGAGACGGUCAAUAUGUUCAAGUCGGUAUUGUGUCAUUUGGAUCUGAAAACUGCGGAAGUGAGGGCGUCCCGAGUGUGUACACAAACAUAGCUCAUUAUUACAAUUGGAUCGUGGAUAAUUUGCCAUCUUGAGUCUAUUACAUAUUAUU